AAAAUGAAUUUUCUUUUGGUUGGCGGAAAAAAGAUGAAAAGAGAAGGAAAGGGAGCUCCACAUAUUCAUUGAAACUUGUAACCAUGGCCACACUUUCCUGCUCCUACUCUCUUCAUCCUCUUUCUUCUUCUUCUUCUUCUUUUUCAACGUCUCUCACUCUCCCGCAACAUCAACAACAGCAGACCGAAUUCCCAUUACUGCUGUUCCGCUGCUCUGCCUCUCUUAAACCCGAAGUCAUUAUAGAACCAACAAGCAGGCUCUUUGUCCAACCCGUUCUCCUUUUAACUACUGGCUUUAACACACCCUUGGACACCCAAACCUUUCUUGCCACUAUCAGUGUCUUGGCGGCCAUUGCUCUCUCCCUCUUUCUCGGUCUUAAGGGUGACCCUGUGCCUUGCGAGAGGUGUGCUGGCAAUGGUGGUACAAAAUGUGUCUUCUGUAACAAUGGUAAAAUGAAGCUAGAAACAGGCUUGGUUGAUUGCAAAGUGUGCAAGGGCGCAGGAUUGGUACUUUGCAAGAAAUGUGCAGGUUCUGGAUAUUCUCGACGGUUGUGAACUGGGGUUUUUAGAAUAUUGAUACCUCUCUUUGUAAUUGAUCUCAAUGAAUUUUUCUCGGCUUUAGUUUGCAAAGGACAGAAAUUGUAAAUUGUGUUGUUACACUCUAUUGAAUUAAUUGUUACAUUACAGUCCUACACUAUUGAAAAAGUUAACUGGAAACAAAGAAAGGAGUGUUUUGAACAUAAAAGGAAUUUAGAGAAAUUCAAGGAAACCAAUGGAUUGUAGUUUUUUAUUCUUUAUUUUGGUUAAAAGACGGUGGCAGGGCAACUUCAUCGUCAAGAUGCAGCCGGCACUCUAGGGGCAGGUGAUUCUUUUUGGAUCGGGUCUGGUGCUUUUUGGGUUCGGUGUUGGCCUCCAGGUGGUGGCAUUGUGGUGUGGCCGGUGGUCCUUGAAGUGGGCGGCGACGGUAUGGAGCGGUCGUGGCAGUGGCUCGCCGGCGGCGUGCAUCGUCCUCAACACAGGAAGGUGGAGGCUUGGCAAGGCUGGGUCAACGAUUUGGGACUAGGGUUUCUGUUUUUUUUUUGGGCCAUUUGGGUCAUUAGUUAGCUUUCCUUUUUUAAGGAACUCUAGGUUAGUAAUUUUAUUACUUUCAAUAUUCCCUAGCUUUUUUAGGGAGCUACGCACCUUUGUGCCUUUAGCGAAUUCUUCGGAGUAGUACUGAUGGAGGAUUCACGCUAUCUUGAUGUAUUUAAUGUCAAAUGAGUGAUCUAGAUAUAUGUACCACUGUGGGUACUAACACAUCUUCUUGUCCGUCUAUAAAUGACAGACAGUCAUUCUGACUUUUGAUCAA